GCGGACGACGCCGCGUGGCUCGACUGCCUCGUGGUGACGGCGCCCGAGCCGCUCGGCGUGGAGGACGCCGAGGACGACCUCAAGCGCGAGCUCGCCUUUUACAACCAGGCGCUCGGCGCCGUCAAGGUGGCGCAGGCGCGCAUGGACCGGCUGGGCGUGCCGUACCGGCGGCCGGACGACUACUUUGCCGAGAUGUCCAAGUCGGACAAGCACAUGGAGCGCGUCAAGCGCAAGAUCAUCGGCGAGCAGCAGGCGAUCGCCGGUGCCGAGCAGCGGCGAAAGCAGCGUACGGCCAAGAAGUUUGGAAAGGCGGUGCAGGUGGCAAAGACGCAGGAGCGGGCGCAGCAGCGGAAGCGCGAGAUCGCGUCCGUGACGAGCGCGCGCAAGAAG